ACCGAGAUGUGAGGAUUGAACAGCUAGUUUUGAGAAUUUCAAUUCUGAUCUGAGAAACGUACCAAAGCGACUGAGUUGCUUUUAACUGUAAUAGUAAGACGCAAAUAAUUAUGCAAAUAAUGUGACUUCCAUUUUUUUUGCGUCACGAGUCCAGAUACAUGUCUAACCAACGGCAGUGCUGAGAUCUCAUCGUGAACUGCAGAUGCUCAGCAGAACCUCAACAUGUGUGGUACUCAGGCAGCUAUCCAGUGCUCUACUGUCCAGUCCUCGUGGCGAUCCAUACUUUAAAGUUAUAGUCUGACUGUGUGUUAACUCAGACAUGUUGUGGAGCGGGGUUUUAAUGGCACUGGCAUAUCUGACGGUGCAAACAGAGCGUUGUUGUGCGCUGGGAUACAACGCGUCCGUGCUGCUGGAGGAGAUGCUCGGGAACCGCACGCGUCUUUACGCUCUGGAUGAGAGCGCGCUGGCGGACUGGCGCUCGCUGCUCUGGAAGAAGCGGCACGGAGAAGAGUCCCAGCACUCCACCGUCAAAGCUCUGCUCAUCUUCUCUUACUCUGUCAUCAUAGUCAUCUCACUGUUUGGAAACAUCCUCGUGUGCCAUGUGGUCAUUAAAAACAAGCGCAUGCAUUCUGCCACGAGUCUCUUCAUAGUCAAUCUGGCUAUUGCGGACAUACUUAUUACGCUUUUAAAUACUCCUUUCACUCUGGUGAGGUUUGUAAACAGCACCUGGGUUUUUGGAAGGGGCAUGUGUCACAUCAGUCGGUUCGUGCAGUACUGUUCCCUUCACGUCUCCACACUCACUCUCACUGCCAUCGCUCUGGACAGACGGCAGGUAAUCCUGCAUCCCCUUAAGCCUCGGAUGUGUAUGGGACAGGGUGCCGUUUGCAUUGUGUUUCUCUGGCUCAUGGCCAGCUGUUUUUCACUGCCUCAUGCCAUUUACCAGAAACUGUUUACUUUUGUGUACAGCAAAGACAUUGUGCGCUCUCUGUGCGUGCCUGAUUUCCCCGACCCGUCCGAGUUAUACUGGCAGUAUCUGGAUUUGGGAACGUUUAUUCUCCUUUACGUCGUUCCCCUGCUCGUCAUCACAGCCGCAUACUCCGCCGUCGCUCGUCGUCUCUGGCGCCGCAACACCAUCGGUGACGUCACCAGCGAACAGUACGUCCUUCAGCGCAGGAAGAGGAAGAGGACUAUUAAGAUGCUGAUGUUAGUCGUGGCGGUAUUCGCCGUUUGCUGGUUUCCUUUGAAUUGCUACGUGGUUCUGCUGUCCAGUCAAGUUAUUCAGUCCAACAACGCCAUCUACUUCAGCUUCCACUGGUUAGCCAUGAGCUCAACCUGCUACAAUCCUUUCAUUUACUGCUGGCUGAACCAGAGCUUCAGAGCCGAACUCACUUACCUGUUGGGCAUGUGCAGAAACGGGCAGAGGCGGGGCCAAGGAAGACGGACGCACUGUAGACGUCAGGGGGAGGGGCCUGAAGCAGCAGUCCCACCCAGCGCCGGGUUUCACAGGGCGGCAUGGCCCGAGAGCCACGCUUCCUCCCAACAGUCCGAUCCCAGAGAGAUUUGCGCUGUUCGCUCGACCUCUCUCGGCCAGUCGGGGAAGACUGACAUUCUCUCGGUGGAGCCGAUUGUUGCUGUGAGCUGAGCUCUUGAAGGUCCCUCGAGGACGUGACACUGAAUGUGAUCUAAACUAAACAGCUAGAGCUUCUCAAGCAAAUGUCAAGUGUUAAAAUAACUAUUCUCGCAAUCAAAAAUAUGCUAAUGAGUAACAUUGUGUUAAAAACCGUUUGUCAGGACAACCAGCGCUCAGGGCAUAAUUCACAUAAUUUGGGUAGCCUACUUGAUGUAUUUUAAGGAUUUUCAAGUAGACCUAUUAUUUACAUAAUGACAACAAUACACAUAAAUAACAACAAAAAGCACAACCCAAACCCUAAAUUGUAAACACAAGAAUCAUGGAGAAAAAUGUUCCGAUUAAUCAUCAUUUUCAAAGUGAUUAGUUAUCAAAAUAAUCAGUUAAAUUCUUGUCUUUCUGGCAUAAUGGAAACGCACAGUAGUGUUACAGUUUUAUCUGAUUGCAAUGCAGCUUCUGCUUUCAAUGGUGUCUAACAGCAUCGUGCAUCUUUGCAUUCAACCCCCACCACACAGGCAGGCUUAGGACACGCUGACCUUGAAAAGCCAUUCAAAUUUGCUUUAAACCAUAAGACAGGAACACAGCAUGAGCUCUAAAUCAGAUCCCUAGGUCGUGAA